UGACGACAAAGAACUGCGACGGAAAUCCGCAAAUCCGCAAAGCAUUGUGGUAAAUUGUGUUUUUUCGCUCUGCUGACGAACCACUAACAGCUGUCAAAAUUAAAAGCGAUGUGCUAGUUUUCUGGCUCAUAUUUUGCCAGUAUUUUUGCUUCGUUCAGGUGGGAUGGGUCGUGGUUAUAUAGUAGAAGAUGUUGUGGAGGAAUAUCUGUCUAAACUAUGUUCACAACAAGUAUAUCCAGUCACAGGCCUGCUUAUUGGACAGAGCUCAGUCCAAAGGGACUUUGUUGUCAUGGCAGCCCGGACACCCCAAAAUGAGGAGCCUACUGGGGCUGGAAAGUCUGUGGACAAAGAUUGGGUCUCUGAGCAUGCUCGGCAGGUGUCCAGGAUGCUGCCUGGAGGAUUGUCUGUAUUGGGAGUCUUUAUAAUCAGCGAUACUGAUGCCAAAGACAUGCUAACCACACUUCGACAGUUAGUGUUUGCAGUGGAAAACCUCAUCUCUUCGGAGCGUCUGUGGAACCCUGCAGACGACGAUGUCACAGAUUGUGUCACACUGCACGUCAACCCUAAAACCAGAAAAACUGUCUGCAGAACCUUUGACAUCAAAGACUCCAAGAGUAUGGCCAAACCUGCAGACUGGAAGUACCAGUCAGGUGUGUGUUCAGCCUGGGUCACACUGUCAUGUUGGCUGAAUGUAGACAUGUUGGUACCCAUACCAGACAGCAGAAUCUCCACAGACAGCAUCGAUAAAUGUCUUAAGGAGGGACUAAAAGUGUGGGCACACCAGAUUGAAAGUGGACUUUGUCUAAUUGAUGGGAAAAAGAUGCCAGAGAACUCAGAGCUCACUGCAGGACAGAAGAGGAAUGUGAGACAGGUGUACACAGCUCAGCUGCUCAUCACACCGGAUGUGCAGAGGUUAGCAGAUGUGGUCCAGCCAUGUGGAGGCAGUGUGUCCAUCCGCGGAGUAAUUCACAGCAAAGCUUUCCUACAUAGCAACAAGCCAAAGGCCAAACUGGCAGAGAAGCUGCUGAAGAGAGAUGUGGUUUCUACGGUGACCACGAGGGUUCAGAUGUUGCUAGAGGAGCUGCUGACACGAGACGAGGGCAGCAGAAACAAACAACAGACCGAGCAACUCUGUCUCCCUCGUCGUAUCUUCUGUCCAGCAAAAAUGACUGGACCACUGUGUGUGUGUGACUACCAGUUUAGUGAUGAGAGUUUGUCUGAGAUAACGGACCGGCUGAAGGAGAUGCUGGACAUCGAUGCAGCUGAGGACGACUUGGAUACCAGGCAGGAAAUAACUGCUGAAGUCAUAGAGAGCGAUGACACCACAGAGCCCAUUGUGGAAACUGUUGACGUGGAGCCCAAGAAAAACAACUACAUCGGUGUUGCCAUGGCUACUGCCGUUGCCCUGCUUGCCACAGCUGCCUCAAUGCUAUAUCUCAGCGAUGUUUGACAUGUUCCUCACUCCAAAAUAAAAUGUUUUGUUUGGUCCUUUUUUAUCAAGCAUCUGUUGAUUGAAUCAGAAACAAGAAAUAAAGUUAUGAAGUGGAAUAAAACCAGGAGCAGGUACAGACUGGAUGCCCAGGUUGAGACUGAAUAAACACUCAUCUUUAACUCAGAUUAUUGUCAUCUAAAGUGAAAAUAAGUUAUUUAAAGUAGCUGUUCAUUAGCAUCCAUCCAUUGUUGUAGAAGGAGAAACUUGAAAUGCAAAUAUGUUCAGCCUAGACAACCUUUAAGUCCAGCUUGCACCAAAAACUAUUAAACCAGCUUAGGUCGGGGUAUUUAUUCAUUUGUGGGUUUUUUUGUCUGUGUCUAUGUGUGUUUAUUUGUUCAUUGAUUGAUUUAUUUAUUUUUAUAAUUGCCUUCUAUUCGGGUUGCUCUUGCUUAACAAAUAUUGAAGUCAUGUAAAAAAAAAUGUUCUUGUGAUAUUUUCGCGAGGAUUUUGCACACACAAAAGUCCCAACAGGCUACUGUACCUCGUCCUCGACGCCUAAAUAUUUCCAACUCGUUAACCUUCCACUCCUAUAACAGUCCAGUCUACCCUCCACUAUCGAUGCCACAAAAUCCAGAAAAAACACAAAACUCCCAGAGGCACAACUUGAUGCAAAAAACAGUUUCAAACCACACUUUGCAUACUUCACUUCACUGUUUGUGUAUCUGGCAUUCAAACUCCAACCGUCUGUGCACAUUAAACACCGGACUACAAAGCCAUGGUGUCCCAUGCAGAGAGCAGCCGAGAGGCCACAGGGUUCUGUUUUUAUGUCAGUACAAAUAAAUGUGUGUUUUCUCAGG